UUGCUUCACGUUCAGAGCUCUGGCCGUCACGCGGACGAGGUAUGGCGCAAUCACGGAUUUCAUUUCGAACGGACGAUCGUUCCGAACGACAAAGUGGACUGCGAAGAUCGCCUCGUCAUAGAUCUUACGCCGUCGCCUCGGACGUCGCCGUGUGUCGAGUCGCUGCCUCACGCGGCGCCUCAUUCUGGUGACAUGUACGAUUCGUACACGAAACGGAUGUCGUUAGCGCCGCCUUGCAGCCUGCCGUCCGUAUCCCCACAACAGCAGUUGUACGUUGCCGCUGAGGGCUGCAUGCCGUCGCACGUUGCCGGUACGGGUUCGUGCUUUCCGCCGGCCGGCGGUAGCCAGAUACUUUGCAGGGAAGGACUUUCUCGUUUGAUCUUGCAGCAACAGUACAACGCUGCGUUGGCACGCAUCGCGGCAGCCGCCGCCGCGUCCAGCCCGAUUCCAUCGGCGGUUGGUGUCGCGAGCGGCGCCGGCGGAGGCAACCAGUAUUUCACGACGUUGCCGUACCCUUGCUUGCUGACCCCGUUGCCCUCUAGAUUUUCUUCGUACUGCAUGCCUGCCGCCGUCGGACUAUCCGGCUCUGGUAUUCAAGACUCGAAGGCGUUGAACCGCGAUGCUGGCUCGAAAUGUAAUUCGUCGUUUAUCAAGCCGAACUUGACGACCGACGAUCAGAGCUGCGCCGGUGAAUGUACAAAUUCUGGUGUCUCAGUUACGGGUACGAUGUGCAGCGGCGGCAACGGCAGGACAGAACCAGGAAGUUUGGCGACGGCGACGCCAUCCGCCAGUGUGGUUGUAUCCCGACCGAUGCUUGUCGGCGGUACCAAAACGCCGCUGGUCGCUGUGUCGUCGAAAAUGGACGAUCCGCUGUCGCUGUCGAUGGCGAUGGCGGCCCCGGGUGUCGGCGGUCGACUGUUGGUGCACCGGUCGGUUCCGAACUCGAAAGCCGUCGAAGAACAUAUAUCGCGAUUGAUAUCAGAGAACGAAGCGUUGCUCGAGCCGUCCCCGUCGGCACUUUCGUCGUACAACCAGCACCGACUGCUGCCUGGUGCUACGCUGUUGAAGGCGUGUCGAAGUCAAUCGUUGGUCGAAAGCGAAAUGUCGUGUGCCGUUUCAAGAGCGAGCAUCGUCGGUUCGCGUUCGCGGCAUAACAAGUCCGGUGCUCUGACGGCUCUACAUUUCCAGAAGCAGGUUCAAGAAGCGAUGAAGGAUUCACUGAACAGUUCGUUCGUCUGUCGUUUCUGUCACGUUCACUUUCGAAACCAGGAGAGCGUCAAGGCACACGAAUUUCGUUGCGCUCACCGCGAGUUCUCCCCGGUCAGAGAGUGCGAACGCACCUCGCCUUUGCGUUCGCGUUCGCCGUCGCCUUCGCCGUCGUCGUCAUCAUCGUCUUCGUCUUUGUCUUCGUCGGACAGUGCCGUGGUGGCGAGUGCUUCAGCGACGGCGGCGGCGGCGGCGGCAACCUCGAUGCGCGGACGCGGCGACGAGUGUUCGUCGGAAGAACCGCAACACGCACUGAGCGCGACGUGUUCGGUGACCACCGCCGUCGCGUCCUGCUCGACGACCCCUCUGUGUUCGUCGUCGGUGUCCACUGCCAUUGUCAAAGAUAUGAUCGAAAAUAAACACCCUUUAAAAAAACGCAUUCUGGCUCAGGCAGAAAAUCAGAAGUACGCCGUUCUGGCUAUCGUCCCUUCGUCGUCGUUCGACAGUUCCCCGACGACGUCAGAUUUCACUGCAGGGAUCGAUUCAAGUUCGCCGAUGGCCAUUUCUCCGCGUUUCAAACGAGCAGGCGAAAACGCGCUAUUGCAUGUCAGCCAGCCCCAGUCGGACUUGUGUGCACCGUCGUCAAGCGGCGCCGUGCCCGUGUCCAUUUGUCCGAACGUAAACUCCAUUUGUGAUAUGCAGGCUGAUUGCGGUACUUACGUCGUAGCUUCCGUCACCGCAACCUCCACCACCUCCUCGACUGAUGUGCAACGCCAAACGUUAAGGGCGGACGCGUCGCCCUGCGCGACGGCAACUGCCACGUCGGAUGUCGCUUCACUGGCAUCGGUGCAGUCGAGCACGUGUUUUCGCCCGUACUGCGUUACUGUCAAGGUGCCUCACGUGGUCGACAUGGAACCGAUGAGGUCGUGCAAACGGCCGGCUCAAGUCACUCAGUCGACGUACUGUUGCCUUCGCCGCGCGAUACCUAAUUCCAGCGUACUCUACCACAACCAACGGUCGUCAGCGUACGCCGUGUGGCCGCAAAAGACGGUGAACGUCGCCGAAGCACAAAUGAACGUGUUGAUGAUGGCCGGUUGUAACAUGAAUCAGAAACGAUUUCACUACAAGUAUGCGACGGCCAACAAAUUGUCGCGACAAAUGCGAAUGACGCAUUCCAGUUAUUGGGAGUAUUCGAAAAAAUUGCAGAAGCUGGCCGUCGCCGCGUUAAUUCCAUCUACUACGUCAGCAUCAUGUUCGUUGUCUGGCGUGUUACAUUCGGCAGACGCCGCCGACCUGUACGCAUCGUCAGUAAGUUGCAGAGCAACCGUAGACACCGGUUCGUCGGUGUUCCGCUCGUCGCCUGUUUCCGGCACCAUUGUCAACGUCGGCAGCAGAUGUUGUUCAAGUUCUGUAAGCGUUGACGGAAGUGCACAUGUUUCGGUUGUCGUACAGGACGAGGAAAGCACGGACGGCUGUCGGCCGGUCGUCAAGAGGUUGAGUGCAACCGCAAGCGCAAGCGUAGCCAAAGCGUCCGACAAGGCGAUAACCAGUGUCCAUGCUAGUCCAGCGCCAGUCACCGAUCACAAUCAGAACUGGAACCUGAACCCGGAGCUGAAGCUGAAACCGAACUUGCUCGAUGGUUCGUUAAUAGCAUCGCCGGCCGUUGGCGGCGGCGUUUCGACAUGUUUGCUGCAGCAGCGCGACGACAAGUUCAAGGAAAUGUCGCGUGCGUGCGGUCGGCAAAUAUCGAAGAAGGUGCGUGUGUGCAACGGCGGUUACAAAACCAACGAGUCUUACACGUACAUCAGAGGUCGAGGCCGCGGGCGGUAUGUGUGCGAACGGUGCGGCAUUCGUUGCAAGAAGCCGAGCAUGCUUAAGAAGCACAUCCGCAGCCAUUUGGACGUUCGACCGUACGCGUGCCCACAGUGCAGCUUCAGCUUCAAGACCAAGGGCAACCUGACCAAGCAUAUGAAGUCGAAGUCGCAUUCGAGGAAAUGCGCAUUUAUCAACUCCAGGUCGAUGACGACCCGUUUCUGCUCGUCGGCAAGCUACCACGACGAUUGCAACGACAGAAGCGAAGAAGACGACGAGAGUAUCGAUACGGUCAGCUACAGCGGCGGAGACGCCGACGAAGACAUUGAAUGGUAA